AUGCCGACACAAGGAGGCUUGAUCAACACAAAUGCGCUCGCGAUCCAAUACGACCGAACAGCACAAGAUCCAAGGGACGACUCCGCAAUAGGCCUAUGGAAUCGCCUUCUUAACGAUAAUUUUAAUGGCGACAGUUGGAUUGUGACAUCCAAAAAUCUCCGGCUAGACAGCACACGACCAGGCUUUGUUAUCGAGAAAGUCUUGCCUACUGGCACAUAUAUUGCGGCGAUAGUCACUGAACCAAAACCACAGCAUCAAACCAUGUUACAGGGCCAGCCUGUGGACAACCAAGCUUUAGAAAAUGCCAUAAGUGCUCUCAAUUCUGGUCGUUCAAGGGGUCAACAGAAAGUAUUUGUUCUCCGAGUUGUCGGUACACAAAUGAUAGCUUUCAAAGUCACGGUCGAUGAACCUUCUUUGAUGCCAUUGACAGAAGAUUUCAUGGAUGUUAAAAUUCAUGGUGUUAAUACGGGGCAAAUAUUCGAUCAGAUUAUGAACGCUAACGUCCUGGAACCAUGA